AUGUUGUUGUGUCAUGCGUGGACGCCUCCACCACGUGAUACUGUCAAGUGUAACUCAUAUGGCAGCUAUCAGGAGGCAGAGAGGCGAAUCGGUGGGUGUGGCGUUAUUCGCGACCACCUUGGCCUCUGGGUGACUGGCUGCUAUUCAGGUGAACCGGAGGGCAAUGCGUUCAAGGCGGAAGCUACGACGUUGAAGGAGGUGCUUGAGCUCGCGUGGAAUAGAGGCUUGAGGAGUGUAAUUUGUGAUGUGGAUUGUGCUGAUUUAGUGGCUACCUUGGCUGAUGCUGUAGCUGUGCAGCUGCACUCAAAAUUUCUGAUUCUGAAUUCUAUUUCUCAGCUGCUGGCAAAGAAUUGA